AUGGAGAUAGAGAACCUCUUCCUUCCUCUAUCCAUCAUCGUUUCCGUAUAUACUCUCGCCUUCAUCUUUUACACUAUCAGGUCCAAACCCAACUCCAAAAUGAAUCUUCCCCCAGGAAGUUUUGGAUGGCCAAUCAUCGGUGAAACAUUCGCCUUUCUGAACGAACCGCAGGAGAAGUUCGUGGGCGACAGAAUGAAGAAAUACUCCCCAAAAGUCUUCAAAACCAGCAUACUCGGUAAGCCAACUGCCGUGCUUUGCAGCAUUUCCGGCCACAAGUUCAUCUCUUCCAACGAGGAAAAACUGUUUCUGUCAUGGCGACCGCAGUCCACACAGAAACUCUUCCGCUCCUCCUAUAUAAAGCUUGCUGCUUCCGAGAUCACCAAACGAGCCGAUUCAGUCCAUAUCGGUAAAGCACCAGGGUUUCUUAAACCUGAAGCGGUGGUUCGGUACAUAGAGAGCAUGGAGUCCAUAGUUCAGGAGCAUUUGAAGGUUCACUGGGAAGGAAAAAGCACAGUUGAGAUUUACAGCCUCGCUCAGCUACUUGUAACGACUCUGUCCGCUCGAUUCUUCACUGGACUCCAAAACAAUAACGACCGUUGUGUUAAGUUUGCCGAGUUGAUUAAUAUCAUAGCCUCAGGGCUGCAUACGUUCCCAAUUAAUAUUCCAGGAACCGAGUUUUAUCGAGCGAUGAAAGCAGCCGAGGCUAUGAGGAAGGAGGUACUGUUGUUGAUCAAGGAGAAGAAAGCGGCCGUGUCUUCCAGUGGAGCCAAAGUAACCGACACCAUGUCUCAUUUGCUGUUUAACCCGGAUCCGACUAGACGGUUCAUACCGGAGAAUGAAGUUGCAGAUAAGGUCAUGGGUUUGAUGACGGGUGGAUUUCACUCCCCUUCCAUGGCUACAAGUUUUCUCAUCAAGUUUCUUGGUGAAAACCCUAAAGUUUGUGAGAAAGUCCGAACAGAACAAUUGGAGAUUGCAAGCUCAAAACAAGAUGGUGAGAAUCUUAAUUGGGAAGAUAUACAGAAAAUGAAAUAUUCUUGGGCUGUAGCACUUGAAGUGAUGAGGCUGGUGCCACCUCUUCAAGGAACGUUCAGAGAAGUUGUUACCGACUUCACCUAUGAAGAUUACACAAUUCCAAAAGGAUGGAAGGGAUAUUGGUCCUCCAGCAGCACAAAUAAAAUUGCAGAGCAUUUUCCAGCACCAGAAGAGUUUGAUCCGAGCAGCUUUGAGAAUGGAAAGGCCGCUCCAGCUUACUCCAACAUCCCAUUCGGAAGCGGUCUUCGAAUCUGUCCAGGAAAAGAAUACGCUCGACGUCAACUUAUGUGUUUCCUCCAUCACGUCGUUACAAGACACAAAUGGGAAGUGAUAAAUACAAAGGCCAAAAUUGCAGGCGGUUUGAAUCCUGUUCCAAAAGAAGGGUUUCACAUGUAG